UUCCUCGCCUUUUUCCUUGCAUGUCUAAAUUGCCAGCACGAGCAUAAGGACCCUCCCGUAGGCGCCCCUAUCCUAUUCCAAUGUCUCUCGUCGAGUCCCCAGUCGCCAAUGGGACAUCUGUGAAGCGUCUCCGGACGGUAUGCUACGAAAAAAAUUGGGUCAACUCCCAAGGAGUAUUCCUUGGGGAACGGCCCCUCCUGUACUCGCUCCCCCUCUUGCUGUCGGAGGUCAUCGUAAUGUUCUUGUUGUCAAAUGCAACUCACCAUGUCCUUGGGCACCUUGGCCAACCUCGAGUUGUCUCACAAAUAGUGACGGGCAUACUACUGGGGCGGUCUGUGAUGGGGCGGAGCACCAAGUUUCGGAGGACCUUGUUCCCGGCGCGCGGCACCUUCCUCCUGGACAUCAUCUCCUUCUUCAGCCUCAUGCUCUUUCUCUUCACCAUAGGUGUCAAAACCGACCUCAACCUCAUCAAGAAGCCCGGCAAGCGUGCACUGAUCAUCGGCAUCGCUGGCUUCGUCCUCCCCUUCGUCCUCUCGACCGCAUUCAUCGCUGCGCUCCAGCCCCACUUCCCUCCGGACCUCGGUAAUGGCACGCUCCUCUUCGACCUCUCCUCCCGCCUCUCCCUCGCGUCCUUCCCUGUCAUUGCCGACGCCCUCGGCGAGCUCCGCCUCCUCAACUCGGAGCUCGGCCGCAUAGUCAUGUCAGGCGCGCUCGUCACCGACAUAAUAAGCUGGGUCCUGGGUGCUGCUUCCACCACGUACAGGCUGGCCAUGCAGUCCCGGAGCCCGGCGUGGCCGGUGGCCACCGUGGCGGCGCUUGCGCUGUUCCUGCUCUUCGUCAUUUUCGUGGCACGGCCAGCGACCAAGUGGGUGGCGAAACGGACGCCGCCAGGGGAGUUGCUCGACGAGGGGCCCUUUGUGUGGCUGCUAUUGGCCGCGCUGGCAUCGGGGCUUCUGACCGAUAUGAUGGGGUACCGGGCGUUGCUGGGGCCGUUCAUACUGGGGCUAGCGCUGCCGGGGGGGAUGCCGGUGGGGGCGACGAUGACGGAGAGGGUCGACUCCUCCUUCUUGGCGUUGUUCUUGCCUUCUUUCAUGGUGUUGGCCGGGUUCAGGACGGACUUCUCCGAGUUGAAUAGCUUGAAGGCGUCGGGGAUGCUGGAGCUGGUGGUGAUCCUGUGCUAUGUGGGGAAGCUAAUGGGCUCCGUAGCCGCCUCGCUCUACUUGAAGAUGCCUCUCCGGGAUGCCAUCACUGUGGGGCUCAUGUCCAACAUUAAAGGGAUCAUCGAAAUCUCCCUUAUCAAUGAUUGGGGUGACAGGGAGUUGUUGACGGUGGAGCACUACUCGAUUUUGACGGUGUCGGUGAUGUGCAUCACGGCAGUGAACAUGCCGCUGAUCAGGCUCCUGUACAACCCGUCGGUGCGGUACGUCUCCCGGAAGCGGCGCACCAUCCAGCACGCGAAGCCCAACCACGAGCUCCGCCUGCUGGCCUGCAUCCACAACCAGGACCAAGUCGCCGGCGUCCUCGACCUCCUUGAGUCCUCCCACGCCACCCAGGACUCCCCCAUCUCCCUCACCGUCCUCCACGUCUCCGAGCUCGUCGGCCAGGCCGCCUCCGUCCUCCGCCCCCACAAGCGUAGCCACCGAUCGUCCGCCCACCCCUCGACCUCCGACCACAUUGUCAACGCCUUCCGUUACUUCGAGCAGCAGCAAUCCUCACCCGGCGCCGUCUCCGUCCACCCGUUUGUCGCCAUCUCCCCAUACGCCACCAUGUACAACGACGUCUGCUCCCUCGCGCUUGACCGCAAGGUCAACGUCAUCCUCCUCCCCUUCCACAAGCAGUCGGACGGCGCGAGCGAGACCGCCAACCAUGCUUUCCGCUCCCUCAACCGCUCCGUCCUCGACUUCGCCCCCUGCUCCGUCGCCAUCCUCGUCGACCACAGCCUCCCGGCCGGCACCACCUGCGCCCGCACCAACUGCCUCCUCCAGCGUGUCGCCGUCUACUUCCUCGGCGGCCCCGAUGACCGCGAAGCCCUCGCCUACGCCUCCCGCAUGGCCGCCAACGACAGCAUCUACCUCGCAGUCAUCCGUAUCGUCUUGUCUGCCAACAACACCCCGUCGGAGCCUGACGAGGAAGCGAUGCAAGAUGAGCGCAUGAUCGAGGAGUUCCGCGACCGCCACGGCGACGCCGAGCGGGUCACGUACAUGGAGAAGGCGGUGGAGGAUGGUGAGGGGACGGCGGCUGUGGUACGGGAUAUGAGCAACAAGUAUGACUUGUUGAUAGUGGGGAGGAGGAAGGGGCUGGAGUCGUCGCCGUUGACUAGCGGGUUGUCGGAGUGGAGCGAGUGCCCGGAGCUGGGGAUCAUUGGGGACAUGCUUGCGGUGGCGCACUUCGAGCGGAAGGUGUCGAUAAUGGUGGUGCAGCAGCAGCAGCUCGACAGAGUAGCAGGGGAGGGAGGAGGAGAUGGUGGUGGUAGUGUUGCCGGUGCAAGGAAGAGACAAGGGGGAAGAAUGAUGGCUAACAUCCUCAAUCCCAACAAUAAACAGCCGGAGGAGGUGAAGGAUGUUUUGAUUCACAGGCAGCCUUAAACUAAAUUAGACUACAAAGGUUUUCCUUUUAGGAGUUUUGUUUUGGAGAUCUCAGAUAAUGGUAAUAGUCUCCCGCACUUCUGGACUAUGGAGAGAUGAACAUAGUAUCGCAAGAAGGAUCUGGGUUCGAGCAGCCAAUUAAGUUUCCCAUGGCUCCACCAGGCCAAGUUCAGUUUGUGGGAUGAUGUAGUACUGGGUUCUAAGUAUCGUACCUUAAACAUAUAUCUCAAAGCUUGUCAUGCAUUGCACCGGGCCAUGAGUCCAUUUAAGAUUCUUUUUUGUAGUUACGGUUCGACCGGACCGAGUCCAAGUUUAUCGGUUGCCGUGGUACCGUGGUACCGUGUUCCAAGUAGUGUACCUUCAGCUCGUCUUUUAAAAAUUAUCAUGUAUUUUCUCAUACGCGAAUCUUGAAACCUGCAAUGUAAUGCACUCAACAUGGAUCUUUCCGUCCUGUUUAUAUAAU